CUCUGGAAAGAUUCGUGCCGCUUGCAUUGAAAACGUACAUUCGUGGUAGAUAAUGUGUCCACUAUCCUAGAAAACUUUAAAAAAUCGAACGUUAAACUACACCUUUAAGUUUGUAAACUGUGUCUUGUUCGUGUCGUUUUCUGAAUAAACUGCGUGACGAAAAAGAUGGCGGCCAAAACAAGCAUUAUCGAUGAAAGUGCCGACGAUGGUGUACCGGCUGAUUUCUGGAAUGAGGUUCUCGAUAGUUUCGAUGUUAUGGAUGAAUGGCAGGAAGGUAGCGAAGAAGCCAAAAAAGCUGCCGAAGAAAUGGCACGGAAGAAAAAAGAGGAUGAGCUUGAAAAGGUGAGAAAAUUCAACGAAGCUUGGAACAUUACUCCUGCUACUGAAGAGACUAGAAUUGUGGAGAAGAUAGUUGAACCGGAAUCAGAACCGACUCCGUCAGCUAAAUCCGAAGAAGUAACCGAACCUGUGUCAGUGCGGGCCAAGUCGCCCGAUUGUACCAUUAUUCCAAUGGAAAGCGAAGUCAUAACCGUCGAGGAAGAUGCGAUUCAGGUAUCAGAAAACUCCGUAGUUGUAAUUCCAGCCGAAGGGUUACCUAAGGACCCACGCUUGAAACGUUUGGAAGAAAAUAGUCGUAUUCAAAGCCCAUCAAGUCCCACACAAGAAACAAGAAAUGCUUCCGAACGUGAGGAAUCCACGCAAAGGUAUUUCCAGUUUGACCGUGAACGAGAGGACCGUGAAAAACAGAAGCGUAAGGACCGAGAAGAUUUCGAGAGAGCUCGAAGCAGGUUAAGAUCUCGAAGUCCUGGAGUUUAUUUGCGUCGAUCGCAAUCGGACGAUGAGGAAGACAUUGGAAGACCAUCAUUUAGCUAUAGACGAAGUCGGUCUAAAUAUCGCUCAAGAAGUCGAGAGCGUGAAUAUAGAAGAUCUAGAAGUCGCAGUAGACGCCGAAGUUCUCGCUCACGCAGUCGUGAUCGGGCACGGAGUCGUCGUCAUUCCUCAUCUAGGUCAAGAUCCGGUUCGCGUUCCUAUCGCCGAGAAAGCGCAACUGACGGGCCCGCGGCCAUGAUGAGUCAAAUGACUGCUAUGAUGCAAAUGAUGACUGAUCCCAAAAUGAUUCAGAUGAACCCUAUGAUGGCAAUGAUGAUGCAAAUGAAUCCCAUGAUGGCAGCGGCAGCUGCUGCAGCUAGCCAAAAGCCUACGGAGACUCCAGGUUUGACGGCAGAGCAACAGGAUAAGAAAGAUGAUAUUACAGCACAACUAUUCUUGGAGAACAAAAUCAAUUUAUCCGAUUAUUUGGCUACGAAACAUCCGAAUGAGGGCAGAAAAUCUACUCGGGUUAAUCAUAAAGUUGUUCAACACAUCAAGGAAGCUAUAUCUAUACUAGACAAACAGGAAACUAAAGUUCAAUCCGCACGCUUCUUGUACGUUGCUCCAACCUAUCACACGGAUCUGAAGAAACUAGAUAAUCGUUCCCCGUUGAUAUGGAAUGAUCAAAACGUUUUGUACACUUCUACCAGCAAGUCCAAGGAUGUUGGACUGUGUGAACCUUUCCGCAAUGUUAAUCAUAAAAUGAAACAGAUGAUUGAACGGCUCGGUUUGGACGAGGGUAAUAUCUCGCAACGCUUGACCGAGUAUAAAGAAGUGCAAGCCAAAAACAAUUCGGUUGCGGAUGUGGGCACAAUUCAAGCGAUUACCAUUGUUCCUGUUCGUGGCGGAGCCACCACAAAACGUAUUAUCGAUCGCUCGAUACAGACGGAAGAAUUAAGCUGUACCGGAUGCGUUCAAAGACGCAGUAAAACCUACGUUUCUGUGAAUACGCAAACGGCUAGCCGUGCUCGAAUGGUUGAAAUCAGCGUUCAAACGGACCGCGAUCGUGACGUUGAGCUGCAUUCAAUGAACGAACUAAACGUAAAUCAGGUAAAAAUCUUAAAUGAGAUUAUGAAGUACAUGAAGAAACGCCAGGUCUCGGGAACAAUGAUUAACCUGAAAAACAGUCUAGAACGAGAUAUUCCAGAACUGCGAAACCAACAGUUGAACGCUGGUCUUCAUUACGUGUCCGAAAUCGUAGAAAAAAAUGAACGAAAUGCCAAUCGCUAUGCAGGUCCCAAUCCUCUGAAUCCAACGGCUCGUGAAUUGAUCGGAAGACAAUUGCCACAGAGUAUCCGUGACAAAAGAGGUGGAAGAGGUCUGUUCCCGGAUCGUGGUGGAAGCUUUAAUGAAGCUCCCGUGCUAACUUCUGUUGUACCAGCAGGUUUUCGGCAGUCGCCACCACGCAGACAUAGUGGAGGUAAUCGUGGAAAUCGCGGAAACAGGCGCCCAUGGCCGUGAACAAAAUAUAUUGGCCGCUAGUGUGGUUAAUUAGCAAUAUAAGGCAUUUUCAAUUUCACAUGAUAAUACAGACUCUGCUUGGACGGAAUAAAUGAUUACACGUGUAAAAGACAAAAA